AUGCAUCACAACGAGACAGAAACGAGCAUCGCUUUAUCGAAUACGACCAGGUCGGUAUUUACUUGUCCACAUGUUCCAGAAUUAACAUGGGACGUGCAUGACACCAUUACUCCAUGGAUUUUUGCUGUUGUUUCUUUUACGAUCUCACCCACAGCAGUUCUUUUAAACGCCCUAGUAAUCAUAGCAAUGAUGAAAAGAAGAGGACUGCGAACUCUUUCCAAUAUCCUGUUGGCAAGUAUGGCCGUUACCGACCUUCUCGUAGGUGGUAUAUGCGUUCCGUUAUCUGCUAUAGAUGGAUUAUUACUUCCCUAUCAAAUUCUUGCUGGUCAGCAUAUUUGCACGUUAGACGUGGCAACUGCCUUUGUCACAUUCACUAUGUCGUACGUUUCACUUGUCCAUCUGGUAAUCAUUGCAUGGGAACGGUACGUGGCCAUUCGAAGAUGGAGGGACUAUAGAAGUAUAUUGACUAAAGGCCGUUUAAAAAAGCUGGCAGUAAUAGCUUGGAUUUCAUCAAUACUAUGCAUUUUGACUCCAAACCUCAUUUCAAUGGUACUCAGAGGAGAGACUACGUUUAUAGCUCUAGGUUUUUCUACGGCUAGUUUCUUGGCACUCAUCGUAUAUUUUUACUUUAUGGUGUUCCUUAAAAUUCGAAAACAAAAAAUCACUGAACUUUUCCAGGCCAGCGUUUUAGUGUCAAUGAAAAUGGAAAGGAGAGUUGCAAUAACCACUGCCAUGGUUACAGCAGCCGUGAUUCUGUCCUUCGUUCCUGUUGCUUCUUUGAAUCCAUUAGGAAACGUUUUUCCCGUUCUUUUGAAAAUGUCGUCAUGGCGAGUGGGGGAAACACUAAUGCUUUCAAAUUCUUUAGUUAAUCCACUUAUUUACUGCUACAGAGACCGCCAUUUUAGGAAAGCUGUGCUCGAGAUUUUGAGGAUUAAAAAACUUUCACCAAAAAAUGCCCGGGAAAUAGGACGAUGGCACGAAGAAAGGGAUGAGCAUGGCUCAAACGAAGCUAAGGUACAGACGACGCAAGAAGCAGAUACAAGUACCCAUCUCAGGAGAUCAGCAUCCUUUGAUUCGAUCAGGUUUUUUGGCCGAGCUCAUAUCGAGGCAAACAGAACGUCGCUAAAGAGAAAUAUGUCGGCUCCUUUGAUCCUUAUCGAUGGCAGUUCGUGGAAGUAGACCAUCGUGGUCCAUCUCUUCAGGAGCGCUCGAAACACGGUGAGAAGCGGGCAGCAUGA